UCUUCUACUUCGGAAUAUCUCCAGAAAGCAUACAAAGAAGCUCGACACUUUGCAGGAGGAUUGAUCGCACACCCAUAUGAAAGCACGAAGCAUUAUACCAUACUGCGGCACUCUCAUGGCUUGGUAUUCUAUCAAGGAACAAGCACGACUCUUGCAAUCUCGAUCUUUGCAGAUGCACCACUACCUGCAGAACGCACAUUAUGGCUACAAAGCAAAGGCUGGACUGGAAAGAUGGGCAUGAGGGCGAAGGCUUUUAUGGGCGCGAACGGCAAUUGGUUCAAUGUCACCCCGUCGAUGUGUGUAACAGCAGAGCAAUUGAAGCCUACAGACGAACGAGCAUGGCAGAGAGAUAUCGCACAUUUUUGCAAGAAGGCAAAGGUCCAUUCUCAAAAGAACCAUAUCUUACGAGAAACUGCUGUGGUUAGACUACCUGCCGAGGCUGGAGAUGGAUAUUUUCAGUUAGUCCUUUGCUUGGGAGAGAAGGAGAAAGUGCUUUGCCAAAGCCCCGUCUUUCGACUUCUUUCGACGUCUACUAGUCCAAGUUCCUUGAGAGGAGCAAGUCUCAGCACAUUGCCCCUUGAGCUUGGAGCCAUGGCUCUGAGCACAUACACUCGGCAUACUGUGGGAACUGUGGUUUCUCCAGUCACCUCAGUUGUGCAGAAUCAAGUGCAGCAAUACAUGCCUUCGUGGUGGGUAAGACAAGCUGCUACGGCUUCAUACGACGUCAGCGGAGCCGCUGAUAAGGUUAACGCCACGAUCGACAACGCAAAUGGUCGAUAUGAUCAAGUUCGAGACGACUCCUUCACGACAAUUGGCCAGGUCGAGAUCCCAGUCGAUAAUGGUCCACAAGUACCUUAUCCUAUUCAUUUCGUCGCUCGUUGUGAGCCUUGUCUUGACCAUAUCGAACAAUUCAGUAUGCCUACCAUAGCACUGACAGGAUUGCCUUUCGAUGUUUCUAACCAGCUUUUCGGUUAUUAUUUUGGCUGGGCUCGCUUUGUUCAAAGGACAAGGAAUCCCAUCACUCCCACCGACAGUGAGGACUCCUGGCAUAAGGCAAUUGUGUCGGCUAUUCCAAUAGAUGCUUCACAGUUAUCUCGCGCCAGUGUGACCGAAGCCAGCAAGAAGAACAUUAAGAUACGCUUGAUCCGGGACUCCGAGGAUGUAUUGCAAGAUCAAGCUUGUCUGGAAGUUCGAAUAAUGGGUUUUAUUCGUCCCGAUGAACCUUCCCAACGAGCAGCUCUCUUGAAAGGCCUGCAAGCGGGAGACGAAGCCGCAAUGGAAGCAGCAAUGCUUGUAGAAGUCAACGAUAUCUCCAUGGCACAGUCUAUUCUUGGCCAACUAAUUUGGAGCCCUGAAGCUGCUUCUACACUGCAAGCGCGUUCAGAAAAGCCUAAAGGUAUGGAGAGAGUGAUGUCUGGAUACGCGGAUUCUAGAACGGCAGCUCAGAGACAAAUUGACAAAGUACCGCUACACAAGAUGGGGAUAAGGAUGCCAUUCGAUCCGAUGAAGGAGAAGACGAUGAUUGCGAAUGGGUUUUAUGUCCAACGAUGA